AUGUCUGUGUGUCGGGACCUGCGCCUGUAUCUCCGGGCCCUGAAAUUCCUCGGCAUGAUGUGCUGGCAGUUCGAAACGGAACGGUGUCUGCUCCAGGCCACUCCCGAGUGUGAGCGCUAUGCUCAGGUCUAUACCGUAGUAGUUCUCUCUGGGACAACGGGUGCCCUCGCGUAUGCGCAUCUGCAGCCCGAACGCUUUCGUAUGAAGGUCUACAAUCGCACAGGAAACUUCUAUGAGGCGGUCAUCUUUCGAUGCUCCUGCGUUGUCCUGUGGUUGCUCUACGUGUGCCUCUACCUCAGGCGUCAUCGGCAUAUGGAGUUGGUGCAGUCUCUGCUCACCAUCAAUCGGACGUGCUUGGCCGGCAGUGCGGAUCGGCAGUUCCGCAACAACUUCGUACUCUAUGGAGCUCUGUCGGGUCUCAUUUUUGGGAACCACAUCAAUGGUUAUAGACAUGCGGGGCUGGAUUCCAUUGCGCUCACAUUAAAUGUUGUGCUCUAUACGUAUGCCUUCCUGGUUCUCUGUCUGCUGCUCGUGUUUUUUGUGUGCCUCAAGCAGAUCAUGGCAGCAGGAUUGACGCACUACAACGAGGAGCUGCGCCAAGGCAUAGCCUCCUUAGAUGUGGCAACUAUUUUCUGUGGCAGACAGAAGAUUCCUUCACUCCGUGGCAGGCAACAGAUUCCUGCUCUUCGUGGCAGACAGCAGCUUCUGGCGUUGUGCGAGGGGGAGCUCAACGAGUGCUUCGGUCUGCUUAUGCUGCCCAUUGUGGCUCUGGUGCUGCUCCUCUCCCCCGCGGGUCCAUUCUUUCUUAUAAGCACUGUGCUGGAGGGCAAAUAUGGCCCCAAACAGUACAUACUAAUGACCCUAACAUCUAUCUUCUGGGAUGUACCCUGGAUGAUAAUAUUGUUCCUAAUGUUGCGCACAAACGGCAUCACGGUGGAAGCAAACAAAACGGCAAAGAUAUUGGCAAAGGUACCAAGAACUGGGACAGGAUUGGAUAGAAUGAUUGAAAAGUUUUUACUCAAAAACCUACGACAGCAGCCCAUUCUCACAGCCUAUGGAUUCUUUGCUCUAGAUAAGAGCACUUUGUUCAAGCUCUUCACGGCAAUCUUCACGUACAUGGUCAUACUCGUUCAGUUCAAGGAAAUGGAAAACUCCACAAAGUCCAUCAACAAAUUCUGAGAACUUACCGAAUCAUAGGUUAAGCAUCC